AACUGUUUCCUUUACAUUGAAGAAAUUCUGUUCGUUCUUCUGAAAUACGGUGCAAAUGUUAAUGCUACGUCUGACGAUGGUCGCACUGCCCUGAUGACGGGAUCUGUCCUGGAAGGGGCCCAGGAUAUCCUUAAACUGUUGAUAGACAACGGCGCUGACGUCAACUACACAGACAAAGAAGGAAGAACGUCACUCCUAUUGGCUUUGGCGGGGUGUCAAACAGAAAACGUGAAGCAAUUACUUGAUUUAGGAGCCGAUGUCAACUUGGGGGAUGCCAACGGCUCCACGGCCUUGCAUUGCGCUCCGGCUUAUUACGGAGGAAUGGAGAUGUUAAAAAUCCUGCUGGAACAAGACGCGGAUGUGAACGCGGAAGACAACGAAGGGAACACCCCGUUGAUGACCCUAAUUAAAUAUGGGUUUUUUAACGAAGAGGUCACAGCGUUAGUGCAGGCAGGAAGCAGUGUCAAUCAUCGGAAUAAAUCUGGAAUGACAGUGUUGAUGUUAUUUGCAAAGGAAUGUGACGUGGAUAUUAUAAAAGUGUUAUAUAACGCCGGCGCGGAUUUUAACGCUAUAACUUCAGACCGUUUUGGUGAGAAAACUGCCUUGUCCAUGCUACUAGCAGAAUGUUACUUACGUGGACAAGAGGAAUGUGUCGAGGUGGCUGAAUUUCUGCUUGACCACGGCGCCACUGCUGGCCAUGUGAAUCCGGGUAUAGUUCACACGGCUGUGACUAGAAGGCAUGAAACACUGGUGCAAAAAUUGAUCCAAGGGGGGCUAGCUCCUAAAGAUAUUUCUCUGGGGUGUUAUCUUCCUUGGCCAACACGCAUCGUUUCUCCACUGAGUGUGGCUCUGUUCAUGAACAAUGUCAGACUCUCUCGCCAUUUCAUUGACACUUGGUAUCUGACCCAGUCGGAUGUUCGUAGUCUCUCAAGGAACAUGUCCGUCAUAAAUUUACUGGAAAAGAAUGGUAACUCUGAGUGCGCAUCGUUGCUGCGAGGGUUACAGCCGCUGUCCUUGACCUUGCUCAGCUUUAUCGCUGUGUCCACUGCCGUUGGUGUCGGCCAUGACAGAGCAGAGAGAAUCGAAGCAAUUCAACUUCCGUGGGUGUUUAAAAAACGGUUACUCUUCCGCAAUGAA